UCUCUAUUUUAACACUUUCUCGAUACGUCCACAUGCCACUCUGUCCCAAUCCCUACCAUACACAUAACACAUCAUAACACAACACAACACAACACCCUCUUUCUUAUUCACUCCUUCAACAUUCAACAUUCAACAGCAACAGCAACAACAACGUUGAGCAGGUUGCAACCAUGGUGCGAAAUGACAACAGCAAAGACAAGGAGAGAGACCUCGAGUUCUCCUUCGAUCACAACGACGAGGAUGUCGACCAACAGGAUAUUGAAGCCCUCAAGUACGAGAGUGAGAGUAGCAGUGAGUAUCAUAGUGAGGAUGAUGAUGGUGGUGGUGAUGAUGAUAAUCGGAGACUACACCCCAACUCUUUCUCUUCUCAGCAGUGGCCUCAGAGUUACAAAGAGACUACGGAUUCUUACACAAUAGCUGCUGCUCCGAAUUUGGAGUCAGUUCUGCGAGGGCCAAGUUUUAUAUAUUCUAGUUUUGGUAAUCGUUCAAAGAGUAGCUUAGACAUUGAUGGAAAGACUCCUUUUCUAUCUGCUCCUGAUGGCAUUAGUCAAUCAACUUGGUGGGAGAAAGCUUCAGUACAGCGCCACUUUUCUGGAGAAUUGCCCAUUGGAUAUGGAUGCACCUUUUCUCAAACAGUUUUCAAUGGCAUUAAUGUGAUGGCUGGAGUAGGUCUACUAUCUACACCAUAUACAGUGAAUCAAGCUGGGUGGAUGAGCAUGGCUGUGAUGAUUUUUUUUGCAGUUGUUUGUUGUUAUACAGCCACCCUUAUGAGAUACUGCUUUGAGAGCAGAGAAGGAAUCAGUACCUACCCAGAUAUAGGAGAAGCUGCAUUUGGAAGAUAUGGCCGAAUUAUUGUAUCAAUCAUUUUGUACACUGAAUUAUAUUCAUAUUGUGUGGAAUUCAUCACCUUGGAAGGAGAUAACCUCAAUAGUCUGUUUCCUGGUGCAUCCUUAGAUUUGGGUAGUUUCCAGUUAGACUCUCUGCAUUUGUUUGGAAUUUUGACAGCACUUAUUAUUCUACCGACUGUUUGGUUGAAGGAUCUUCGUAUAAUCUCUUAUCUAUCAGCUGGAGGGGUUGUUGCAACACUCCUGAUUGUUAUCUGUGUGUUUUGUGUUGGAACGAUAGACAGUGUUGGAUUCCAUCAAACUGGUCCAUUGGUAAAAUGGAAUGGCAUUCCAUUUGCUAUUGGUGUUUAUGGAUUUUGCUUUGCAGGACAUUCGGUUUUCCCAAAUAUUUACCAGUCUAUGGCUGACAAGAAACAAUUUACCAAAGCACUAAUAACAUGUUUUGUUUUGUGUAUUUUGAUAUACGGAAGCGUUGCAAUCAUGGGAUUUCUCAUGUUUGGUGAAGGAACUUUGUCUCAGAUAACAUUGAAUAUGCCACCAGGUGCAUUUGCUUCCAAAGUUGCAUUGUGGACAACAGUUAUUAACCCAUUAACUAAAUAUGCUUUGUUGAUGAACCCGCUGGCAAGGAGUCUAGAAGAGUUGCUGCCAGAGAGAAUUUCAUCUACAUAUUGGUGUUUCAUUCUUCUUAGAACAGCACUUGUUGCAUCUACAGUUUGUGUUGCCUUUCUGGUUCCUUUUUUUGGGCUUGUGAUGGCUUUAAUUGGUUCUCUCUUUAGUAUACUAGUGUCAGCGAUAAUGCCGUCUUUAUGUUUUCUGAAAAUUAUUGGGAAAAAAGCUACAAAGAGACAGGUUGCACUCAGUGUCGCAAUUGCUGCAUCAGGAAUCAUUUGUGGAAUCCUUGGAACGUAUUCCUCUCUAUUGAGUAUUGCGGAUAGUUAUUGAAACCUUAUAGACUUUCUGUAUUGGGUGGUUAUGGAGUGUUAACCCAUUGACAAGUGUUUCUGGAUGGCAUGUACAACUGUUUGGAUUAUUUUGGUUACAAGCUAAUUUUAGUUAUAUAUUUGUGAAAUCAUGUGUAUUUAUGAA